AUGACGUCGGGAGAGGCCCUACACGUGAAGACCCCCGUCCGCGACAGCAUGGCCCUGUCCAAGGUGGCCGGCACCAGUGUCUACCUCAAGAUGGACAGCUCCCAGCCGUCCGGCUCCUUCAAGAUCCGGGGCAUCGGGCACCUCUGCAAGACGUGGGCCGAGCGAGGCUGUGAACAUUUUGUCUGCUCCUCCGCGGGCAAUGCCGGCAUGGCGGCCGCAUAUGCAGCCAGGAAACUGGGUGUCCCUGCCACCAUUGUGGUGCCCAACACCACACCUGCCCUCACCAUCGAGCGGCUCAAGAAUGAAGGCGCCACGGUCAAAGUGGUGGGCGAGAUGCUGGAUGAGGCCUUUGAGCUGGCCAAGGCCCUGGCGAAAAACAACCCAGGCUGGGUCUACAUUCCGCCCUUCGACGACCCCCUCAUCUGGGAAGGCCACACCUCCAUCGUGAAGGAGCUGAAAGAGACCCUGAGCACAAAGCCGGGGGCCAUCGCGCUCUCGGUGGGCGGCGGGGGCCUGCUGUGUGGAGUGGUCCAGGGGCUGCGCGAGGUGGGCUGGGGGGACGUGCCCGUCAUCGCCAUGGAGACCUGGGGCGCCCACAGCUUCCACGCCGCCACCACUGCGGGCAGGCUCGUCUCCCUGCCCGAGAUCACCAGGUGAGCAACUGCCGUGCCCUCCUCGGGAAUCCAGCAGGACGGGGGAGGCCCCUCAGCCGGCUUGGGAUGCAUGCUGAUGCAGCCCCAUUUUACAGGUGAGGGAACUGAGGCUUUGGUCGCUUACCCAGAGUCACACGGCCAGGGAGUGGUGUGGCUGGGACUCGAGCCCACAUCUGGGUGCC